GGAAGAACAGGAAUAGCGAACGGGUUAUACAACUAAUAGAAGCAGCAAUCUAUAGCCAGCUAAAUCUUUCAAUUUAUUGAUCAAGGCUAUGCUCAACAUGGAAUUUUAACAUUAGACUGCAUUAAUAUCUGGCUAAUAGUUUAGCUUCUGUAAAUUAUGAUAAUGAUGAUGAUGAUGAUGAUGAUUGUCAAGAUCUGGCACAUCCCAUAGAAACGAUGCACGAGCUGGUUCUUAAGUAUGUCAAAGGAGAAGAAAAUUACAAUCUAUUAUAGAACGAAAUCUUUUUAAAGUCUACAGGAACAGCUGGAAGCACUGAAGGCAUAUGUAAACCCAAAUAGUUCCACUUCAUCCAAAGAUGAGAAAAGCUAUCCCACAUCCUGCUUGACGUCCUCGUUCAAUGAAAGUAAAAUUGCAAGUGGAAUUCGUACGAUUAAAGUACCAGGUAUGGCUCCCUUUUCCGUAGCCUGUGAUAACUGUUUGGCUGGAUACGGAUGGCUGGUGAUACAGAGGCGCAUCAAUGGCAGCUUGAACUUCUAUCGAAACUGGGAGGAGUACAAGCAAGGCUUCGGUAGUCUCGAUGGCGAGUUUUUCAUUGGACUGGAGAAACUGCGUGCCAUAACUGCCCUGGAGCCCUUCGAGUUGUAUAUCGUCCUGGAGGACUUUAAUGGAACCACGCGAUCAGCGAGAUUUGAUGAAUUUGCCAUUGGCAGCGAAGAGGAUGACUAUGCGCUCUAUGUCCUGGGCGCCUAUUCGGGAAAUGCCGGAGACUCGUUGAGAAGUCAUCAGAAAAUGAAAUUCUCGACGUACGAUCGGGACAACGAUCGAGAGUUCCACAGGAAUUGUGCCUUUCUCCACGUGGGUGCCUGGUGGUACAAUAGUUGUGUGGACAGUAAUCUCAAUGGGCAAUAUAUUGAGGGCGGUAAAUAUGAAGAGAAUCUCUUCGCGCGCGGCAUGUGCUGGAGAGCCUGGCGUGGCCACAACUAUGGCUACAAGUUCACCCAAAUGAUGAUCAGACCCAAAUGCCGACACUUUCCAGCUACCUUCAGGAGCAACAACAACACGAGACAACACUGCGAAGCAUUCUCUUAGCCAUUUCGAUAGGAUUUAAAUAUAUUCCAAUCAUGUUAUUUCCUGGUUUCUUUAGGCAUAUAUUCAUAUAUAUUUCAGUAUGUUUUUUCCACAAAUUUAUACCUAGUAUACUAUUUCCUGCAUUGCA